UAGCAGCAGGUUUGACUCUUGUGGAAAGGAGGUGGCAGGUAUCAUGAUCCCAGAGGAGAUUCAGAGGCUUCUGGAAGAUGCUGAAGGCUACCUGGCGGAUGGACUGCAGAAUGAAAACUUGAGUGCUAAAGCAAGGGAACAGAGGGAUGCAAUUCUCUUUGACUUCCAGCAAGUAAAAGCCAGGUACCACUUGGAAUUUCUGCCCCGAGGGGACGAUCAGCAUGAUGUUGGCUUUGGACAGGACAGUUCUGAUGAAAAUCAGAGCUGGAGUUUGGCCCCUUCCAUGACAUCUGAUGCUUCACUUCCAUCAGACUUCCAGGAUGAUGGACUGGAGGAGAUCACACCGAAGCCUGUUCGAGAUACAGGGAACAUUUUGAAGCAAGGAUAUCUGGAGAAGAGGUGUCGAGAGCACAGCUUUUUUGGCUCAGAGUGGCAGAAGCGGUGGUGUGUCCUCAACAGAAGGACCUUUUACUACUAUGCCAAUGAGAAAAGCAAGCAACCUAAAGGCAACUUCUCCAUUGAGCACUAUAGUGCCCGGCUAGCUUUUCAUCUGCGCAAAGACUCUCGAAAAAAAUGCUGUUUCGAGUUAAUCUGCCCUGGCAAACGCACCUACGAGUUCACAGCCCCAAGCCCAGCAGAGGCUGAAGACUGGGUGGAUCAGAUCCAAUUCCUCCUGAAGGACCUGGCCUCCCUCACUAUCCCAUAUGAUGAGGAGGACGAAGAAGAGCCAUACAAUGACGUGGACAGUUCUGACUCUGUGAACACAACAUCCCACAAUACUACCCUGAAUCAGGAUGAGCCAAACGUUGAGAUGGAAGAGGAUGACAUCUACGAGGUUCUGCCAGAUGAGGAGCUGGAGCCCCCCUACCCAGAGGACAGCGAGGAUGUCGGGAGCAGAGAGAGAAGCGGAGGUCCCUGGCAAGAUUACGCUAAUUACUACCAAGGCAUGUGGGAUUGCAGCAGCCAGCAUCCCGACGAGCUCUCCUUCCACCGCGGAGACCUCAUCUACAUCCUAAGCAAGGAGUACAACAUGUAUGGCUGGUGGGUCGGAGAGCUCAACAACGUGGUCGGGAUCGUCCCAAAGGAUUACCUGGUGGCUGCCUAUGACCUGGAAGAGCGAUGAGGACUGCAGAACCCCAGGUACUUCUCUCUCCCUGGCCAUGCUGAGAUACCAGCAACACCGUCCCCACCACCAGCCUCCCCUUGCUACAGGCACCCGUUGCAUGAAGAUACCCACGUCCCGUCACCCAGCCAUGCACGGUGCCCCGGAGCCCUGCUCUGCCCCAGGGUACCCACUGCGAUGCCGUCGGGCCACGGCGGG